GAGGCUCGAGCAAAAGGAGCCGUUUAGUUAGGGCAUCCGUUUUGUUUUGUUUGUUUGUUUUAAGAAAACGUGGAUGCCCCGAAUGGAGAUGGGAGGGGAGGGAGCAGGGAUCUGUCUUUGCAACUGAGGGAUGCAUUUGCAAUUAAUGGAUGCAUUUGCAAUUGAUGGAUGCAUUUGCAAUUGACGGAUGCAUUUGCAACAUGCAAAUGUGUGCAUCCUUUGGGAUGUGCCCUGGUCCAAUGAUUGGAGGUCUCUCCAAUACAGCACUCCCCCCCCACCCCCAAGUUACAAAAAGGUCAAGAAAAAAGACCAGGUGGCCUGCCAGUUGGCACUGGAUCCAUCUGUCUCUUGCCAAGAAAUGGAGUAGGAGGCUGUGCGAUCUAAUGAAUGAAUCGCAUAUUAUGCAACCCCCUGAACAGAUAUGGACUGCUGUAACCUCAUUUUUUCAUGAAUAAAACUUGGGGGUCAAGGUGGGAGGGGUAGGGAAAACGUAUCCUUGAAGGAUUUGGGUGUUUGAUGAGCCUUUAAUUGUGCAGAUUGGAGCUCAGCACAAAGAAUUGUCUACGAAAAGAAAGGCUUAGAGUCAUGAUUAGCUUAUUAUACCGACUUAGAGCAUUUAUCUGUAUUUUUUUUUCUUUUUUUUCCUGGUGUGUGUAUGUGUGUGGCCAACUUCGCAGGUGGAAUGAAGCACAUCAACCUGUCCUUCGCUGCCUGCGGAUUCCUGGGCAUUUACCACUUGGGGGCGGCCUCGGCCUUCUGCAAACACGGCCAGAAGCUGCUGAAGGACGUCAAGGCCUUUGCGGGGGCUUCCGCCGGGUCCUUGGUGGCUUCGGUCCUGCUCACAGCACCGGAGAAAAUAGAGGAAUGCAACCAGUUCACCUACGAGUUCGCUGAGGAGACACGAAGGCAGUUGUUCGGGGCCGUGACCCCGGGCUACGAUUUCAUGGCCCGACUGAGACGCGGAAUGGACUCGAUCCUGCCCCCCAACGCCCACCAGCUGGCCCACAGCCGCCUGCACGUCUCCAUCACCAGCACCCGGACGGGGAAGAACUCCCUGGUUUCCAGCUUCUCCUCCAGGGAGGACCUCAUCCAGGUCCUCCUGGCCAGCAGCUUCCUGCCCCUCUACGCCGGCCUGAAGCCGGUGGAGUACAAAGGACAGACGUGGGUGGACGGCGGGUUCACCAACAGCCUCCCCAUCCUGCCCGUGGGCCGCACCGUGACCAUCUCCCCCUUCUGCGGCCGCCUGGACAUCUCCCCGCAGGACAAGGGGCAGCUGGGCGUCUACGUCACCAUCGCCAACCAGGACAUCCUGGUGUCCGUGGCCAAUUUGGUGCGGCUCAACCAUGCCCUGUUCCCUCCCGGCCAGCGGGAAAUGGAAUCCCUGUACCGCCGCGGCUUCCGGGACGCCGUUGGGUUUUUGCUCAAGGAGAACUGGUUCGAGUAGAGGGCCUCCAGGCACAUCCCGAGUCCGGUGACGAUCUGUGAUGCGAUUUCUAUGAGCCCUCAGGAUUCUGUCACAGUUACCGGUCUUGGUCACAGUUUGCGUCAUUAUGAAAAGUUAAAUGUUCACUGGCUGCAAAGAAAGACGAGGCGUUUCAUGAGAAGGUGGCAACGUCAAGGGCACAACGCGGGAUGCACUUAACGCAGAUGAACUCCUGCAAAACACGGAGACCUGAGCCAACCUCGCUCGUAGCCUUGGGAAUAAGAAGUGAAUCCCGCCCAGCCGGCCUGUGUGGCUCAGCGGUUGAGCAUCCACCUAGGAACCAGGGGGUCAGGGUUCGAUUCCCGAUUAGGGCACAUGCCCGGGUUGCAGGCUCCAUCCCCAGUCGGGCG